AUGUCAGCAGCCGACGCCGCCCAUGGCGCAUUCUCAACCCUUUUCUCUAAUAUUUUCAUAAAAUUACCCACCCCUAACACCGACCUUCGAGGUCAAACAUUUAUAGUGACUGGCUCAAAUACCGGACUUGGUUUCGAGGCUGCCCGUCAUCUCAACAAUCUCGGUACCGAAAAAUUGAUCAUGGCAGUGCGAAAUGUAACAAAGGGAGAAACGGCAAGAGCUGAGAUACUGGGAUCGACAGGCCGAAAAGAGGACUCCAUCGAAGUGUGGAGUUUGGACAUGGCUAGCUAUGAAUCCGUCAAGGAGUUCGCUGCUCGCGUAACCAGGACCCUUCCCCGUGUAGAUGGUGUCCUUGCAAAUGCUGGUAUCAUGGUCGACAAAUUCACAAUGUUUGAGGACAAUGAGAGUACAUUGACAGUGAACGUCAUCAACACUUUCUUGUUGUUGCUCCUUCUAGUUCCAAAGCUUCGCGAGUCUGGAACCAAGUUCAAUAUCGCACCACGAUUCACCACUGUGAAUUCAGCAUUGCAUUAUAUGGCCCCAGUGAAGGGGCUUGACUCUGAUGAUUCUGAAAUAUUCGCAAGGCUAAACGACCCUAAGACUGCUGAUAUGGGCGCACGAUAUAAUCUCUCUAAACUACUCGUUAUAUAUGCUGUCCGUGAGCUAGCAGAACGACUCAAUGCUUCAUCCACUGCAUCAUCAACGAUCAUCAUCAACUCACCAAAUCCGAGCUACUGCAAAUCAAACCUCGCACAAGGUACUGAAGUAGGAAGGAGCUCAGCAGGAAAGAUGUUCGAGAAGCUAUUGGCUAGAAGCACCGAGGAAGGUAGUCGGGCCUUAGUACAUGGAGUUAUUUCGGGAACGGAAUCAAACGGACAGUAUUUAACAAAUUGUCACGUUCAGGUACCGGCAUGCUUAGUGACUGAUUCGAGAGGUGUCAGAAUACAGAAGAAAUUUGCGGACGAGUUGGUUGCAAAACUUGAGAGAAUUUCUCCAGAAAUAUCAUCAUAUGUCUGA